AUGACGACCACGAGCUUGGACUCCGACACGAAGUCAUCGGAGGCAAUUGUAAACUGGAACAUCGAGUCGGGGCCAGAUAGCGCCUCAGAGGCGGAGGAUGGCGAGAGCUUGGAAGGGAUAGAGUACGAGGACAGGUCGGUAGACGGCAGCGACUUUGCUGCCUCUCUCAAGGACUUCUUCGAUGACGCCGACUCGGGCGAUUGUGGGCAGUCCACAAUGUUCUACGCCGCGUUUGACAAUGCAAGGGAGGCACAGAUUGAUUCGGCCGAAUUGCUUGAAGGCCAAAGGAACUGCCGCAGUGGAAGAAGGAAGAGGACCCGCAACGAUGACAAGGGCGGCAACAGCACAGAGUUCGUACAAAGGAAAACAUGUUGGAAAGUUGAGGGAACCCUACGGAAAGCUGCUGAUAGUGAUGCAGAGCCUUCCACGUUUCUGCCAAACGAGAUGGCAGUUGCCCCCACGAGUCCUCCCAAUCAUGAGAAGCCCACCUCAAGUCUCCCCAACAGCGAGCAACUCAUUCGACCUCCAUCCUCGUCAUCCUCUUCUGAUGUGGACAGUGGUUUUGAGGAGCUGCGCGAGUAUUUUAAAGUCUGCCGCAUCGAUCCUGAUUUGGAGCGCACUUACACAGAGUUGCAACAGGGACCGAGCCCGGCUCUUGAGGCCCCUGUACCAAGGAUUGACCCCAUUCUGGCCGCCGCUCAUCACUUUCACAGCCUCGGCGUUGUGACUGUAACACACGACCUCCAAGAGACAAGGUUUUCAAAAGGUCAGGUCCGCAAAAAGCCGUGUAACUGGGGCUCCGAGUCCAAGCCCUGGAAGGAGGCGGACCUCACCAACUGCCUGUCUGAGUUCGCCAAGCCGGGGCGCAACUCUAUUGCCAUUCUCACGGAGAAGUCGGACAUCUACGCGCUCGAUGUUGAUGUGAAGGACGGGGGCUAUGAAGCCCUCGAGCUGAUGCUCGAGGAGCACGGAGGAUUCCAGGAGGACACACCCCGACUGACCACGGGGAAUGGGGGAUUCCACAUCCUUUUCUUG